AUGUUAAAUUAUUUUAAAUAUGUAAAUAUAAAAAUAUCAUUAUUAGUAAUAUUUAUAUUUUAUGAUAAUUAUGUUGAGAACUACAGUAUUUAUAAAAAAACAAAUUUUAUAUUAAAACCAUCCUUUAAGAAAAUCUUUUGUUUUAAAAAAAAUAAAUUUAAGCAAACGUUAUUUACAUUACAAUCAAAUGAAGAAUUAGAUGAUUAUAAAUAUUUUGGAGAAGAUGAAUAUAUACCUGCAUUACCCCCAGUUGAAACUUGGGAAGAUUUACUGAUAAAGGAAGAGAUAAGAAAUAAAAAAGAAGAUGAAAGAAGAAGUGUUGAUGAUUAUAAAUUAUCUCAUGAAAGUAGAGAAAAGGUUUUAGAUAUAAUGAGACAAACUCGUUUAAUAAAUCAUUGUAAUUAUGAAAUUCAAAAAAAUAAACAAAAAAAUAUUUUAUAUUUUGUAACUCCCAAAAUAGGUCCUUAUUGCAAAUUAAUGGAAAAUGACAAAGAUAAAAUGGAAAGUUUAGUUAGUAAAGUUAAAGAGAAAUUUGGCAGAAAAGUAGAAAUAGUAAAUUUAAAAAUUGAUGUAAAAAUGCCAUUAUUUGAAAUAUUUUUGCAAGCAAAUAUUCACACUCAAAUAAAAAUUUUUUAUGCAAGAGGUAGGACUUUACAAUAUAGAUUACCUCCUGUAUUUUGGACUAAAUGCAAAAUUUUGAAAGAAAAUAAAAUUUUACAAGAGAAAUAUGGAGGUGAAUGUGCUCCUGGAUUGUUUCCAAGAUAUGAUGAGUAUAGUAUGAUGCAAAUAAUGACAGAAUGUGUAUAUAAUGACAAAUAUAAUUAUUAUGUUUAUGAUGUAAAUUUAGAAUGGGAAAAUUUGUGUGCACUUACUCCUGAAAAUAAAGAAUUGAGAAAAAUGGUUCAUCAAAAUGUUCAUGUACCUACUAGGCUGUCUGUAAUUAAAGCUUUUGAACAUGGUAUAGAAGACUUUAGAGACGUUAUAAAAGAAGAAUACCUUAUUAUGCUUAGAGAACAAAGAAAAUUAAAAGAAAAUCAAAAAUAUAAAUUUUAA